ACAAACACUUGUAUCUCGGCAGAUAACCGUAGAUCUAAACAAACCUCCAGGUUCUGCUGAGGGCAGGAUGGAUCCAGCUCCAGGUACUCGUAGACCAGAGGAACCUGGAGCACAUGAACAGGGUUCAAAACCCUCUACAGCUACUCCUAGACGACCUGUCCUGAGAGGACCAACAAUCCAGGCUAAAAGAGAUGAAACACCAAGGUUGGAAAAGACUGACUCAAAACAGAAACAAAAACAAUCCUUGGACCAGGAUGAAGGGAGGGGGAAUAGGUCUGAAAGAGUGAAGACUAAAGAAGAAGAAGAAGAAGGAAAGAAACCGAUUUCAGAGGAGAAGAACACCGGAGGGAAGAAAAAGAAGAAGAAGCAGAAUAAAGGAAAAGCUGAAGGAUCACUUAUCUUGAAGCUUGAAGAUCCGGAGAUAACUCAGGUGGGUGCAGACGACUGUAUAAAAGUUCCAGAGGAGGAUGAAGAGGAGGAAUGUUUGACUCCGCCAAGAAGAGAAUUUGAGAACCCUGUUCAUAGGCGUGCUCUGGUGUCCCUGGAAAAACAGCUGGAUUUAGAGAAACCCCUGAGUAACCUAGACUUAUCAGGUGUUCCACAUAUUUUGGCAGUUAAAGGAAAACCUCAAGGAAUAGGGAGGCUGAGUGAAACUGAGGAUCAAGUAAUAUCCGAGGUUAGAGUAUCCUCUAAACGAUCCUUCUCUGCUGUAGAUGAGGAGAUUAGAACCUUGAUCUCAGAAAUCGAACCAGCGCCAGGUACAGUACAGCAUAUACAGAUAUUUAUAUAUUUAAUGAUCUAG